AUGUUCACGGUGCUAUUUGAAGUACAUCCCUCUACUGAGAAAAAGCCCCUCUAUCUUGACAUAGGAAAGGCCCUCAGACCAGAGCUCCUUCAGAUAGAUGGCUUUAUUGAUAAUAUUCGCUAUGCUUCUCUGACAAAGCCCGGCUGGAUUCUAUCACUUUCUACCUGGCGGGAUGAAAAGUCGCUGGUUAGAUGGCGAACUCAAGGUCGCCAUCAUAGCGCUCAACAGCAAGGCAGGGCCGAAGUUUUCCAUGACUAUCGACUACGAAUAUGUGAGGUCACUGCAGACACGCACAUACCAGAAGGGCACAAAUUAGAAGAACAGAGGCUGGACAUUACGCGCACAGGUGAUGCAGAGGCAAUUGUGCUCAUUAGUAUGAAUGAAACGGCAUUGCAGAAUCCACAUCCAAACGAGGUACUCGAACUUCUUAACCUGGAGGUGGAUCCAUUGGCAAGUUUGGUAUCUUGGGAUAUUUUCGAAGCGGUACUCAGUCCAGGCGAUGUUAUCGCGUAUCUUUCAUUCAAAACGUCGGAUACCUCUUCUGAAUUUAUUCGAGCAUAUGAAACGAAAGGUGACGUCAGAUUAAGGCAGGAGAGGGUCAUACGAGAUUAUGGAAUGUAUGAUCGAUAUGAGGCCCCGCAAUAUUAUCCGGAGGUCCAGCGAAGGAGUUGA